CAUAGAAGCGCUUUAGAAACAACAAGCCCUGCCGGAGCAUGUGAGAAGGCAGUGUCUCGCCCCAAAUAUGCCUCCGCCCGCCCUUCCUCCUCCAGCUGCCCCGACGUGAUCCUCCCUGCGAAAAAUGGAAAUGAAGCGGGAGGAGCCGAGAGGAGAGUAGCGCGCCAGACCCAGGACUGCGCGCGCCUCGGCUAGGCGAAACCAUCCCUCUUCUCUCCCAAACUGAGGGAGGGGGGCGGCCUGUGUUCCCCGCCAUCUUCCCGUUUGGAGAUCUCCAAGCAGAACCAUGGAGGGGUCCGGGGAAACAGACUUCCUAAAUGAGAACAACACCUCAAAUUUCACCUGUGAGGAGUCAAUAGAAAUGGAGACAUUUGUACAUAUAUCUCUUCCUCCAGCAGUCUUCAUCAUUAUAGUGCUGUCCUGUCUUGAAAGAAGAUUAAAAAGAUGUUGUAUAGAUGACAAAAUUCCUCUACAUGGACACUGUGGGAUUCUGGCACCCUUUGAUAUCCUUGGAUACAGCAACAGAUGGUCACUUGGAUUUGCAUUUGGAAUUAUUGCUGAUAAAGUGAUCUACCUGUUUUCCACAGACCACUUCAUUUCGCUAUUUCCGAGGUGGGCUAAAGUUUUUGUUGUUCUAAUCCAUGCCGUCGAAGUGGGCGUCUCUGUGUACCCUUUCUUUGCCUGCCUUUCAACAAGUUACGUGAUUACCGGCUCCAUAUUGGGAUUUCUUUACACUGCAGCUUGGAUGACCAUCACGGUGAUAGACUGUUUCCUGUGCCCUGACUACAAAUAUUUGGGUGUAUACCAAGACUUCAUAAUGGGUUGGCCUUCCUUGGUGUGCUAUCUUUUUCUUCUAGGCCGAUUUGUUUACAUUUUUGUGAAAGCCAUAAGAGUCCGUUGUGGGUAUGAGACUGUAAAUGAGGAGACUUCUUUUGUGGAAAUACAUCAGAUACACUAUGUCCAGCGAUUGCUGAGGAAACCGCUACCGCAGCCACCUCAGAAAUCCUGGAUUAGGAGGAAGAUGUAUCAAUGGGACCCUUACUUUCGAUUCCCGGGCAGAAUGAUCGCCACUGCUGUGCUUCUCUUAGUCUGCCUUUAUGCAUCUGUUGUAGCUGAGUUUAUUGUAACUGAUGUGCUUUUCGGGUUGCUAAAACAACUUAAAACAUGGCUAGAUGAGCUUCCAUCUUCUCCUGAGACACCAGAAGAAUCCAUGUCCAUUUCCGAUUAUAUUGGAGAAUUUAUUACCGUUGCACAAGUUGUUUGGAUUUGCACAACCGUUGUUUCCUCUGUUGCGAGUGUUUCUUACAUACUGGUAAUGUUAGCCUGCUACAGAAAGCACAUAAUGAAACUGCGGGCAGGCAAGAAGUGCUACUUUCUGAUGGAAUCGGAAGCUGUGCCAUCUGCUCAAUGUGUGCUAGCAGUGGGAAGAUCCACCGCUUACCAAAUCGCAUACUUAUUAUGGGGUUACGUGAUCAUGCAUCUGCUGCAGUUUGUAGCUUGGAUGAUUGUCAUGUAUCUGAUUGUUUUGCCCAUGGUACAUGGUGAAUGGGCCAAGCUUCUGGACAAGUGGGGAACUGUGAUUCUUUCAUUUGUCCUCAUCAUGAUUUUGAGGAGGCUGGAGCUGUUUGCUGGUUCUCGAGUCUUUCUUCAGCCGAAGAUUUCACCAAAAGACGAUCAGAGACCUCUGGCACUUGACAACAGGAAAGCCUUCGCAAACUUCAGCUACUUUUUAUUCUUCCACUCGGUGGUGGUGGGUUUGUUUUCCUGCCUCAUGAGAGUGUUACGCAGCACCGCCCUGGGAGCCUUCCUGGUUGGACGACUGGACAGGCCAGUGAUGCCGAGGGGCUUUGAAGGCGGUGAUAAAGCAUUCAAGUCUUGGGUUGCAAUGCUAUUGAUGGACCACUACCACUCGAACCCCAUCCUUGUCUGCUUCUGCCACAUCCUGGAUUCCAAAAUCAGACAGAGGCAAUGGCAAAAAGUCAAUGGACCCACUGAAAACACGGACAUGCGGGAAAUAGCUCCUAGGGUAUCGGGCAGAGCCAGGAAAAGAUGGCUGUUGCUUUACACGCUAUUAAACAACCCCAGUCUCCUGCAAUUCCAGAAGCGAAGACUAGGAUCCUAUCCUAUGGAUUUUCCACAGCCCUGUGCUGUCCCUUCAGGCGAUCAUGCUACAGAGCAAUUGGUGCAUUGGGAUAAACGUGUUUAAUAUGGGACAUGGACUGUGGAGAUGCUGGUCCUGGUGAUGCAAGACAAAAGCGGCACAAGUUAUACUUGCUGAGAGUUGCACGAAUUGACAGCUUGUUCCAUAGUGCUUCCUAAAAAGAUAAUCUGUCCUAUUUCCCCCACAUUAUGUGUCAUGUCUUCCCUCCACAUGAACUGCCUGCCUGCUGCAAUCAUUAAUAAACUAUACACAAGCCAUUGUCCCUAGGAA